UUGCGGAGACUUGUGGAUCGGUGACGUUUGUUCGUUUCGAGCAGGAGUUGCUUAAUACGAAUUUGAAAUUGCAGUUAUAAUGGCUACAAUAUUUCGAUUUUGGAUGGGGACAAGUAGCAUUUUAAUUCCUCGCAGUAAACAUGUACACUGCAUUUGCAGCACCCGAAAUAUAUCAAAUGUGAAAGCAGACUUGACUAAAAUAGGGUUUAUUGGCCUUGGAAACAUGGGCGGUCCUAUGGCUCGGAAUGUUCUUGAUAAGGGCCAUAAUUUGGUAGUUUAUGAUGUUCAUCAGGAGGCAAUGGAAGUGUUAAAGGAACAUGGAGCUACAGUAUCACAAAGUCCAAAGGAUGUUGCAGCACAAGCUGACCACAUCAUUACAAUGUUGCCAAAUAAUGCAUGUGUGCUAGAAGCAUAUCAGGGAGAAAAUGGCAUUUUUAAGUCUGUGAAGAAAGGUACUGUGUUGAUAGACAGCAGUACUGUGGAUCCAGAUGUCUCCAAAACAGUGGCAGCAGCAGCAGAAGCUCAAGGCACUGUGUUCCUAGAUGCACCAGUUUCAGGAGGUGUGAAUGCUGCAAGAUUGGGUCAACUGACAUUCUUGGUAGGGGGACCAACAGAAGUGUUUCCUGCAGCACAAAAACUUCUGUUUACAAUGGGUGUAAGAGCUGUUCACUGUGGUCCAGUGGGCUCUGGUCAGGCUGCCAAAAUUUGCAACAAUAUGCUUCUAGGAAUUAGCAUGAUUGGUACAGCAGAGGCAUUUAAUCUUGGAAUUAGGUUAGGUCUUGAUCCUAAGGUCAUGUUGGAGACAGUAAAUUCUAGUUCUGGGCGUUGCUGGUCAUCUGAAGUUUAUUGCCCCGUUCCUGGUACUAUGGACAAUGUACCUAGUUCCAAUGAUUACAAGGGAGGAUUUGGAACAAAACUAAUGGUGAAAGACCUGGGUCUCGCACAGGAAGCUGCUACUAGGACAGCCACCCCAACCCCGCUGGGAUCUUUAGCUCACAAAUUGUACCGCACCAUGAUAAACACUGAAUUUGCUGACAAGGACUUUUCAUCUGUGUAUCAGUAUUUUUUGAAACAAGAAAGGAAGUAGCCUAUGUUAACCAUGCCAUAAUUCAUGUGGUUAAUUGCUGACUUCUCACUACAGAGGCCAAAGUUGAGUGCCAGGAGGUGGCAUUUGCAGUACAUAUAAGCAGCACUUGAACUGUUAUUUUUUCUGCACUUCUUUUGUUUCUCCAUCAGUUAACCAUUCCACCAAUAUUUCAUGUUCGUCUAUCAACAGAGGAUGGUAUAAUAGGCUACAGUACAAAUUGAUCCUGUCUUACCUCAUUUGUUGAAGUAAUCAAUUAAAUAACUAACCCAUAAUUACUGGGAGUCCAAGUUCUGUGAUGGUAUGAUAAAAGGCCGAUUGUUGAAAUGUAAUAUUUCUUGCUUCUGUUAAUAUGUUGAUAUAUUUUCAU